CGUAGCGAGACUAGUCCGAACUUGAGUCCCGAGUGAGUGAACGCAUUUUUACCGAGACAUAUUAGUGAUAAAAGGUUCCAGCAAAUUGCAUUAGUUAGAAGUUUGUGGUCAUGAUCAACACCCGACAAGUCCUCCCCAUGAUAGGGGUGACCCUGGUGGAAGACUUCGUCAAGAAUCCUCCACCGUAUUUCCAGGUUCAGCACUGUGUUCGGCAUCCUGUCAUAAGACCCAUACCUGAACAGGUCAAUCUCUGUGCCCAUGACAAAUCACACGAAGCCUGGUUUCCAGAUUCCAUGGGAAGAGUUUUAAAAGUUUCAACAGUUGCCCAGUAUGAUCAGCUUGUGGAGAGAUUGUUGAGCCGCCCUCUGGUGUUUGACGUCAAGUUGGAGAGAAGGCACAAGUCAGGAAGGAUCCGCUAUAUCUUGAAAUGUGAUAUUAUCGUGACAGUGAACACAUCACAUCCUGUCAUUAAGAAUCAAAUGCAACAAAUCUUUAGCGGAGGAAGGGAAGACAUCGUCAAUGAACGGAACUUUGCUCUCGAGUUCAACUUCAACAGCAUUCUCAAAUCCUGGUUCAGUACUGUACAUCAGGGACAAGACGGAAUCUUUGACACGACCUACGACUGUACCUACGCUGACUUCGUGGUGACCAACUCGACCGAAUUUAACAGCAUGUAUUCUUGUUCACCCGAGGGUGUCUGUUUGUUCCUCAUGUGCCUGCCUUGCUGUAUCUUCAUGUGUCCAGCAUAUAGGAUUGCCCGUUGCCUUACCACCGUUGACCGCGACACUGACGUCCGUGGCGACGUCUCCUACCUGACCUUUAAACGAGAGCAACGUUCCGCGCAGGACGAACUCCUGGACAUGUUCCGUCAGUACCUGGUGCAGCAGAUGAUGGAGCAAGGUAGCAGGCAGAAUAGGGAACAACCGUAUCUGGGUGUGGCAGACGUCACCAGGCAACCCGGCGGGAGGGGAGGGGCAGCAAUCCCAAGGCCGGGGCCACCACCUCCUCCCGGGAGCGGGUUCCAACAGCAUCCUGCAGAGAUGUUCCAUCCAUACGCACCACCUCAAGUGCAUGAAAGCGGCCACGUGGAGCGGCCAGUAGCUCCCUAUGGAUACGGGCAAACCCUGCCCCCUCCCGGUGGACCUAUGCCUGUCAACCCCAUGGGACCGACCCCACUACCACCAGGACCAGCAGGCGUGGCGAUCGCACCCCCUACCAUGGCCCACCCCCAAGCCCCACCCAGCUACAGCCAGCCGUUGGGAGCCCCCGCCCCAGCCCAGCCAGAGCUGCCUUCGUACGACUACGUGAUGGCACAGAACACUGACCAAGAUCAGCUUAUCACUUGAGUAUAUAUGUAUCUUAUGGGGCAGGUCUCACCAACGAAAUUGAUGCCAGUGCGAUCUUAGGUAUUGUGUUAUUUUAAAUGGCAUACCAUCGAUCGGUUUGGAGUCGGUUUCAUUGGUAUGACUGUAAUGUAAGUUCCAGCCUUACCCACUGAUCAGCAUGUUCACCCAUGCCAAGAUAAAUCACCAUUUUUUGAUUAUGUUUAUCUUAGAAAUGAAUCUCGAGUGCAAAUGAAAGUUCCAGCAAAUGCAACCAAGGAUUGAUUGCUUAUUUGAUUUGAUUUAUUUCCAUAAUACUUAGAUAGACUACAACGAAUUCAGAAUCGUGCAGCUCGUAUUAUUUCAAUGGCUAGAAAAUAUGAUCAUGUGUCUCCUUUGUUCAAAAAACUUCAUUGGUUACCGGUAAGAAAGAGAAUUACAUAUAAGAUUGCAUUGCUUGUUUACAUGUCCAUGAAUAACCUAACACCACAAUACAUAUCAUGUCUGUUUUCUCCAGUUCAACAAAGUCAAUAUUCAUUACGUUCUAGAACAGACCCUUUUCUUUUACAAGUCCCAAGAAUGAACUCCAAGAAAGGUCAACAAUGCAUAGGUUUCACAGGUCCCAGUAUUUGGAAUAAUCUCCCUAUCAACAUCCGCUCAUGUCCUUCACUGCAAUUAUUCAAAAACAAACUAAAGACCUAUUUAUUUUCUUUGUAAUAUCCAUUUGAUUAAUAUUGUUAGCAC